GAAUUUUAAAUUGAAAAUCACCAUACUCUGAAACUCUUUCGUACCUAAAUAGAAAAAAAACAUAUUUUACAUAAAACAUCGCAUUCAUUUUAAAGAAAAUCUUCAUUUCUCAAAGAUCACAAAUGUAUAUUUAUUUUGAUUAGUUCUAUUUCAACAAAACACGAGCCGUCAAAAUGACAUUGGUAGUCAUAUAUUUCUCCAAAUGGAUGAUUUAUUUUCUCAAACCGUCACUUUACUUUAUCUCAAAGGUAUUUUCCAUUACCAAUGACUUCCUAGCAUAUUAAAAACUGACAAUCUAUAUUGACGAGGUACAUUGAAUAUGACUGUAACUUAUUAAAAGAAGUAUUUCUUUUAUCUAUUGUGUUGCUUUCUUUUAUACCAUACUCGAUGGGGUUUUAAGUAUUUCGAAUUAACUUCAUCUGAAUCGAAAUACAAUACAAUUAAAAUUUGUACGUUACAUAAAUUGAAAUGAAACGCGCAAAGUAUGUUCCUAGCAUCGCGGAAUGCUGGAAAAUAUGAAUUAUUCCAAGUAAAUGUUGUUUUCUUUCUUUUCAUUUUUUAUUUGAAGUUAUUCGAAUUUGAAGACGAGGAAUAAGGUGGUAUUAUAUGAAUAUUCAACCUACAGGGUACAUCAAAUAAUCUUUCUGGAAAUCUUAAUACUACUUUAGGAUUUCGAUAGAUUUGAUUUAAAAUCUGAUAAUUAAAUCCAGGGCCGCAGUUAAUGGAUAAAGGGGUUCCGGUGCGUUCCGUUUGAUAAAAGCUGGUCGUGUGACUGACCAGAUAUGGUGCUUAACUUUGAUGAGAAGAUGAAGGAAAAACACGCCACGCAUCAACAGUAGCCUUUUUUGAAUUCCUCGUUCAAGUGAAAAUCUGGUAUCUCCGCAUGUCUCAUUCAUGCCGGGGCUAUUUCAUAUCAAUCAAACUGUUCUAAUUUUCUUAAGAAGUGAAUGCUGUGGUCUCAUGCUUCGGAUUUAUUUGGAUUCAACUGAAUCAGAAGCUUACGCACAAUCAUGUCAAAACUAAAGGACAUUCGCAGACCCACUUUGGCGGUUAUAGAAGAAAACUCGCUUCCAGAAAAUUUUAACACAUUAGUCACAGAACCCGACAAAACAGUUACCCGGAAACUUCUGGAUGAAAAUGACAAUGUGUGCUCACACCUGAAUCUACUGAAGGAAAAGACAGCUAAAUUAAACUUAAGCACACGCCGUCCGAGUUAUGUCACGUGGAAGAAUGAGUGUAUAGAAGACUCAGGGAGGGGAAUUAAGGCGAAACUGCCCAACGUUAGGGGAGACAACUGUGCUAAUGGAAAUGAAUUGACUCUUGAUAAACGAAUAGACAAUAUUGAUGGUGCUCUAGUCUGGAUUAAGCAAGAACUUCAAGCAAUGCGCACGCAGGACCAAGACAUUGCCCGGAAGUUGCUUUCUUUACGUCACGAGAUGCAUGCACUGAAGCUACAGUGGAGCUGUGAUGAACACAAGGAGAUGUUGGAGGACGCUCAGUGGGACCUGGAGGAAAUGCACGAACUUCAGGACAUUUGUGACACGCCCCUAGACAGCAUGCAACCCCACCCACUCAAACAAAUAGGCGUGACCAAAAUGAACCUCAACACCCGGAGAUUCUCUAUUCUAUAAAGUGUUCUACAAUCGUAUUUAUUCCACGGGCUUAAAAUGUACGGUGAUCUAUCGAAUCUUGCACUUGUACGCUCGCUAUAUGUGAAACACGACAGUGCGAGGGUGAUAGAGGAAAUGUCACGUUUUACGGCAAAUGUCACGGUAAUCGGCAACGAGGUAUUCUACUGUCGGUAACAGUGUCCACGUAUUAGACAAAUUCAUUAAAUACAUGUAAAAUAUAUUAUUUUCUUCGUUACAAUUUGUAUCACACGGAGAAUUACCGGUAGCAUGGAUCAUUAAAAAGAUUCAUGUAUUUCGCUUUGGUGGUGUCGGUAACAGUGGUGCACUGUCGUACAGUAAAUACUUACAAGUUGUUGGCUUUACUGUGUGUUAUGCAUUUCCACCUAGCAUCUUUAUUUUCAAAAAGACAGUACUGUACGCAAUUGUUGGUAAUAUAAAAAUUGUCUGUGAUUUUGUCAAUUUAGAAAUCUGUGAUUGUACAUUAGUCCGUUCAUAACACCCAAAUGGCAUAUACAUUGUAAUUAUAUUGAUCCAAGAAUUAUUCUCUGUUAUUUAAUCAAGAGAAUGAACAAGAUGUAGGUAAAACAAUUAUUUAUGAUACUGUAAACUUUGUUGGCAUUUAUUUUCUUCAACCUGCCGUAAAGGUGUUGCUAGUUGUUGAUGCCUUUAAUAAAUUUCAAUCGAUUGAAAUAGACAGCUACAUGUCACAACAUUUCAAUAAAAAAUCUCAAAUGUUUCCUGAAUGAUAACUAUUGCGAUUAUGAUAACGGUAAUACUUAGCAGUCUAUAUUCUGAAAUCUGGAACAGCAACCACAUUUCUGUAUGAUGUAAGAUUCUUGAAAGCUGUGUUGCCAUUUUCUUCUUCUUCAAAUAACUCCUGUCAAAUAUUAAGAUGUUGAAUCUGUGAAGAUUAGAAAACUGAACAAAAUAAAUGUUUUUAUUUAAUAUGUUCAUUCUUGCAGAAUUAUGCAAUAAUUAUCAGAUUGCUGACGGACGAAGAGAAGGAAAUAAAACCAAAAACUUG